AGCACGUCUCUUCCUGCCGGAGCAGCUGCUCGACCCGGAGGCCUGGCCUUCAGAGAGAGCUCCAGGAGCACUCAAGCCCGCUGUGCUGCCUCCCCGACCCCACGCGUGUAAGGGGCCACGGGACUUGCUCACGUUUUUGUUGCUGCUGUACAGAAAAUACAAUUGGGAGGGGCGGAGCAAGAUGGUGGAGGAGUAGGAGACCUGGAUUUCGUCUCCUCUCAGGAAUUCAGCUGGAUAGGGAUCAAACCAUUCCGAACACCUACAAACUCAACAGGAGAUCGAAGAAAAGAAGAGCAACAACUCUCUCAUCAGAAAAGCGACCACUUUCUGGAAGGUUCUGCAGAGACUUGAAGAAAUUGACAAACCUGGAUGGCUACCCCUGACAGGAGAGUAGUCUCUAGACCCCAGAGACCUGGCCAGGGUUCAAAGGAGAGUGGGGCCUGCCUGGGUCCCCUGGAGCAAGCCAUGCGGAGCAAGGCAUGGGAAUUCUUUCAGACCUGUGACACAGAAGGCAAGGGUUUCAUCACCAAGAGGGACAUGCAGAGGCUCCACGAGGAGUUACCACUCAGCCUGGAGGAACUGGAAGAUGUGUUUGAUGCCCUAGAUGCUGAUGGCAAUGGCUUUCUGACACCAGAGGAGUUCACCACUGGAUUUAGUCACUUCUUCUUCAGCCAGAACGAGCCAGGUCAGGAAGAUGCCGGUGAACAGAUGGCCCAGCUCCAGGAAGAGAAGGUGUAUCAGUCCAGAGGGGAAGAGCAUGCGGGCGCCAUGGAUGACGAUGAGGAGACCCAGUUCCAAAUGCUGAUGGACAAACUUGGAGCCCAAAAGGGUUUUGAAGAUGAAAGUGAUAUCAAGCAACUCUGGCUACAGCUGAAGAAGGACGAACCUCACUUACUGGCCAACUUCGAGGAUUUCCUGACCAGGACCUUCUCCCAGCUCCAAGAAGCCCAUGAGGAGAAGAACGAACUGGAGUGCUCCUUGAAAAAGAAAAUUGCUGCUUAUGAUGAAGAAAUCCAGCAUCUCUACGAGGAGAUGGAACAGCAAAUCAAGCAUGAGAAGGAGCAGUUUCUCCUAAAAGACACGGAGAGGUUUCAGGCCCACAGCCAGGAGCUGGAGCAGAAACUGUUGUCGAAGAACCAGGAGCUGGAGCAGCUCAUCCAGAAGCAGAAGCGGCUGGAAGGCCAGUGCGCCAUGCUACAAAAUGAUGAGCAUGAAACCAAGGCUGAGAACACCAAGCUGAAAGUCACAAACCAGGAGCUGGCCCAGGAGCUGGCGCGGACCUCCCGGGAGCUGCAGGAUGCCCAGCAGCAGCUGGAAAGCCUCCAGCAAGAGGCCCACCAACUCCACCAGGACAAGGAGAUGGAAGUGUACCGCGUGACGGAGAGUCUGCAGCGCGAGAAGUCGGGGCUCCUGAAGCAGUUGGAUUUCCUGAGGGAAAGGAACAAGCAUCUUCAGGAUGAACGGGACAUAUGUUAUCAGAAAGAUAAGGCAGCCAAGGCAAACACAGCUGCUUCCAAGGCGAACUGGAAACAGAGAUCUGGCUCUGUGAUAGGCAAAUACUUGGACAGCAGAGGGAUUCUUAGGAGCCAGUCAGAGGAGGAAGAAGAUGUGUUUGUCCUCCCACGGAGGAGAAGCUCCCUAGGCCUGAGUGGAUAUCCCCUUCCAGAAGAGGAGCCAGGGGCUGAAGGUCCACUCCCCCGGGUACUCCGCAGAAUCAUCUCCAUUGAAGAAGACCCCCUGCCCCAGCUCCUGGAUGGCAGCUUUGAGCAGCCAUUGAGCAAAUGCCCAGAAGAGGAGGAGGUUGCCCAGCAGAGGGUGGAAGGACAAAGCCAGCAGGCCAGACCCUUGGAACCCAUGCCUGCAUCUCCCCGAGGACAGCCUGUUGGAAAAGAAGACUUGUCUAAGGAGGAAGCCCCUCCCUCCAGCCCAGACCGGCUCUUCAAAAUCGUGCUAGUGGGCAACUCCGCUGUGGGGAAGACUUCCUUCCUGAGGAGGUUCUGUGAGGAGCGGUUUGCCCCUGGCUUGGCAGCCACUGUGGGCAUCGACUAUCGGGUGAAGAUGGUGAGCGUGGACGACUCGUCCGUGGCGCUGCAGCUGUGGGACACGGCGGGGCAGGAGAGGUAUCGCUGCAUCACUCAGCAGUUCUUCAGGAAGGCCGAUGGUGUCAUCGUCAUGUACGAUGUCACCGCCAGACAGUCAUUCCUGUCGGUCCGGCAGUGGCUGAGCAGCGUGGAGGAAGCUGUGGGAGACUACAUCCCUGUUCUUCUGCUGGGCAAUAAAAUUGACAACGAGAAAGAGCGGGAAGUUCCACGAGGCCUCGGAGAGCAGCUUGCCAAGGAGAACAAUCUGAUCUUCUACGAAUGCAGUGCCUAUUCCGGUCAUAACACCAAAGAGUCCCUGCUCCAUCUUGCCAGGAUCCUCAAGAAACAAGAAGAUACAGCGAGGGAGGACACAAUACAGGUUGACCGCCCUGCCAAAAAGAAAUCUUGCUGUGGCUGAUAAGAGUCCUUCUAGGCCUGCUCCAUGCAGGCAUGAGGUCAUAGGACUUACCCGAAUCCUGAACAUGGGCUCCUGCUUGGAUGCUUCCACCACAGCCUGCCUAACGCUUUGUCUCUGUCAGCGACUUGCCUCCACCAACAGGAAAGGAAGCACAUCCAGUCAGGAAAGCUGCUCUUGAAGCAUUUUGGAGUCUUCUUUCUCUUCUCUCUCUAGACCCCAGGUACCCAUUUUCCCCCAGCUUGGUUUUGUGGGGAAAAGAAACAGAUGGGUUUUUCCAGAAAAAAAUCACCACGUGCCUUCACCUCCCUUAUGCUCCCCUUGCCCUUAGGAGCUGCAGCACCCUGGUUGCCAUGGCAACUGCGCAGGGCCGACUUGCUGCUUCCUGUAGGCCAAAGAUACAGCACUGGGGCAGGGCCAGGGUGGUCUUCCUUUGGCUCCUGUUCUCUGGAUAUCAAUGGGAUGCUCUUGGCAUAUGCUUUGUGGACCUUGAGAUGCCCACGUGGUGUUGAGAAAAGCAAGCCAGGGUGUUCACAUUCUAUUGCACACCCCACCCCCAGGGGUCCUGCUCCUUGCCAGGCUGCAGAACCCCGCCUCUCAGCAGCCGCCAUGCCUCCUGUAUUUGUCCCCUUGGGGUCUCUGGAUCGUGCCUUACAAGAAACCCACACCCACUCCUCUCAACCACCCACCCAUGACCCUGACUCCAAGGUCGACUGUGGGUGAUAAAUGUGUGCCUGGGGUUAGGGAGUGGGCUUUCUUCCUACUUAACUUUGACUAAGAGAUGAAAAGAAAACAGGGGGGAGAAACCUAUCUGCUGCUAAACAGAGCAACCAUUUCUGGAGUAUAAAUAAGGUAUAUAUAGCUCCGUAAAAGCCAUUUUCCAAUGUUUCUCAAAAUAGCUCUUUGAAAAAUUGUAUAUGAUGAUUAAUGGAGUAGAUUGACAUGAACGCAGUGAGGCCCAGCACCAGGUCCAUAGUUACAGACUUCAUUUUAUUUUAUUUUUUUCCAAAAGACUGUAUUUAAAAAAAGAAAGUAUGGCUGUGUUGUUGACAUAUAGCUGGUGUUUGAGAAGUGAGCAGGGUGUAGCUGUAGGCUUCAGCACCCCUAGGACUUCACCAGCAUAGGGCACUUACAUUACAGGGAAUGAUCUGGGCCCAUGUGUGGUCCCUUCGUCUGGCUGGUGGUGAGUUCCCAGCCCCAGCAGGGCUCAAGCAUCAUUGGCUGGCUGUUAGGGGGGCUGGCAAGGGGAGGGCAUUCUUGCCCUGGGUGGGAGCCUGGAUGAAAAGAUCAUAAAGAUCACUCCCCAUUACCACUCCAAGGUUGCAGGCCCAACCCCACAGAAAAGUGAGUGGUAUCCAUACCCAAACGGGACGAAAUAGGAAGGGAGAGGAGCAGAAAGUGUCCACAGGCCUCCAAGAAGAUUCAAGACAACUGUACACAGCCAGCCAGGCAGGAGAGAGUCUGCUGGUCAGAGUUCCCAAGGGUGUUCCCUUGUAGCCUCCUCCCUGGACUCCUAAAAGGGUCAGGGCCCCAUGGGUCACCAGGCAAGUGCCUACCUCCUUUUUGCAGGCUUUUCUCUCCCUCAUUUAGUGCUUGGAGGCACAAGGGAGCCCAUAGAGGGUGCAGCACAAAAGCCAGCACUGAGCACCAGGAGGUGCCGCAUGGUCUUGGGUAAGCCAGAUCCCUGUCUGGGCCACCAUUUCAUCAGUAAAAUGAAGGCUGGGCACUUUGAUGCUUCUGGCUCUUCUUGCUCAGAGUGCUUAUGAUAAUACCUUCAUUUUCCAACUUAGGCUGGCCCUGGCCCCCAGUCCAAAUUUGAAAGGAUCUCACAGGAAACUCCUUUCUCUAAGAGAGGGCCCUGGCAAUUGUCUCCUUCAUGGGAUGCAGGGGAUGAUGGGUUACCCAGAAGUGGCCCUCCAAUAUCUGUGUGGGUGUGUGUUGCUGUGUGAAUAUGUGUGGUUGUGGGGG